CCUGACCCGGAAGCGCUCGGGUCCGGCAGGGUCACUUCCUGCGGCGGCCCCGCCCCGCCCCGCCCUGCUUCCGGCGCGGCCCGGAGGGUUCGGAGGGUUCGGCGGAGGGCGGCCAACCAGGGCCAGGGGGCGGCGGAGGCCGCGGUCCGGCCGGGUCCCCACUGCUCCUGGCCCUCGCCCCGGGCCCGCCGCCGGCGUCGUCAUGGGCAAAAAGCACAAGAAGCACAAGGCCGAGUGGCGCUCGUCCUACGAGGAUUAUGCCGACAAGCCCCUGGAGAAGCCCCUGAAGCUGGUCCUCAAGGUCGGAGGAAGCGAAGUGACCGAGCUCUCAGGAUCUGGCCACGACUCCAGUUACUAUGAUGACAGGUCAGACCAUGAGCGAGAGAGGCACAAAGAAAAGAAGAAGAAGAAGAAGAAGAAGUCCGAGAAGGAGAAGCAUCUGGAUGAUGAGGAGAGGAGGAAGCGAAAGGAAGAGAAGAAGCGGAAGCGCGAGCGGGAGCACUGCGACACGGAGGGAGAGGCUGAUGACUUUGAUCCCGGGAAGAAGGUGGAGGUGGAGCCGCCCCCAGAUCGGCCCAUCAGAGCCUGCCGGACACAGCCAGGCAAGGCCGAAAAUGAGAGCACACCUAUUCAGCAGCUCCUGGAGCACUUCCUCCGCCAGCUCCAGAGAAAAGAUCCCCAUGGAUUUUUUGCUUUUCCUGUCACGGAUGCAAUUGCUCCUGGAUAUUCAAUGAUAAUAAAACAUCCCAUGGAUUUUGGCACCAUGAAAGACAAAAUUGUAGCUAAUGAAUACAAGUCAGUUACGGAAUUUAAGGCAGAUUUCAAGCUGAUGUGUGAUAACGCGAUGACGUACAAUAGACCGGAUACCGUGUACUACAAGUUGGCGAAGAAGAUCCUUCACGCAGGCUUUAAGAUGAUGAGCAAAGAGCGGCUGUUAGCUUUGAAGCGCAGCAUGUCGUUUAUGCAGGACAUGGAUUUCUCUCAGCAGGCAGCUCUUCUGGGCAGCGAAGACACAGCUGUUGAGGAGCCUGUUCCUGAGGUUGUGCCUGUGCAAGUAGAAACUGCCAAGAAAUCCAGAAAGCCGAGUAGAGAAGCUCUCAGAUGCCUCUGUGUCUGUAGAUGCUGGAGUGGCAGCUGCAGCCCCGGGGUCAGGAGGUGUGGAUGCUGCAGCAGAAGCAGCUGUAUGUUUGAGCCGGAAGGGAGCGCCUGCAGCCUGACAGACAGCACUGCAGAGGAGCACGUGCUGGCGCUGGUGGAGCACGCAGCUGACGAGGCUCGGGACAGGAUCAACCGCUUCCUCCCAGGCGGCAAGAUGGGCUAUCUGAAGAGGAACGGGGAUGGCAGCCUGCUCUACAGCGUGGUCAACACGGCCGAGCCGGACGCCGAUGAGGAGGAGACCCACCCAGUGGACUUGAGCUCGCUGUCCAGUAAGCUGCUCCCAGGCUUCACCACGCUGGGCUUCAAAGAUGAAAGAAGAAACAAAGUUACGUUUCUCUCCAGUGCCACUACUGCACUUUCAAUGCAGAACAAUUCAGUAUUUGGCGACUUGAAGUCGGACGAGAUGGAGCUGCUGUAUUCAGCCUACGGAGAUGAGACGGGCGUGCAGUGUGCGCUGAGCCUGCAGGAGUUUGUGAAGGAUGCUGGGAGCUACAGCAAGAAAGUGGUGGACGACCUCCUAGACCAGAUUACAGGUGGAGACCACUCCAGGACGCUUUUCCAGCUGAAGCAGAGAAGAAAUGUUCCCAUGAAACCUCCAGAUGAAGCCAAGGUUGGGGACGCCCUUGGAGACGGUGGUGGCUCUGUUCUGGAUUUCAUGUCGAUGAAACCGUAUCCUGACGUGUCUCUGGACAUCUCCAUGCUCAGCUCUCUGGUUUCUCAGGCUCUACAGGAGGCGUGGCUGGGAGGUCUCAGGAAACUUACAAUCGGCGGAAGAUGAAGGAAAAGCAUGCAUGUCUUCACAUGGCGGAGCAGGAGAGAGCACAGAGGGGGAAGUACUUUUAAAAACCCAGAUCUCACGAGAAGUCACUCACGAUCACAGGAACAGAGAACAGCAGUGGGGAAAGCCAGCCCCACAAUCCUGUCACCUUCCACCAGGAACCUCUCCCAACAUCAGGAAUUACAAUUCAGCAUGGGAUUUGGGUGGGAAUGCAGAGCCAAAUGAUAUCAUUCUGCCCCCGUCCCCUCCCAAAUCUCUUGUCUUUCUCACAUUUCAAAACACAUGCCUUCCCAACAGUCCACCAAAGUCUUAACUCAUUCUAGCAUUAACUCAGAAGUCCACAGUCCAAAGAUUCAUCAGAGAAAAGGCAAGUUCCUUCUGCCUGUGAACCUGUAAAAUCAAAAAGGAGUUAGUUAAUUCCAGGAUACAAAUCGGUACAGGCAUUAGGUAAGUAGACCCAUGUCAAGAGGGAGAAAUCAGCCAAAACAAAGGCCCUGUGCAAAUCUGAAGCCCGGCACGGUGCUCAUUAUAUCUUAAAGCUCCAAAAUAAUCUGUUUUAUUCCCUUGUCUCAUAUCUAGGCCACACUGAUGCAAGGGAUGGGCUCCCCACCCUUGUGUCUCUGCAGGGUACAGCUCCUGUGGCUGCUUUCUUGGGCUGGUGUUGAGUGCCUGCAGCUUUUCUAGAUGCUUGGUUCAAGCUGUCAAGCUGUCAAAUCUACCAUUCUGGGUUCUGGAGGAUGAUGGCCCUUUUCUCACAGCUCCACUAGGCAGUGCCCCAAUGGGGACUCUGUGUGUGGGCUGCAACCCCACAUUUCCCCUCUGCAGUGCCCUAGCGGAGGUUCUCCAUGAGGGCCCCACCCCUGUAGCAGACUUCCGCCUGGACACCCUGGCUUUUCCAUAGAUCUCUGAAAUCUAAGCAGAGGCUCCCAAACCUCACCUCUUGCUUUCUGCCACCAUGUGGAAGCUGCCAAGGCUUGGGGCUUGUACCCACUGAAGCAUUGGCCCAAGCUGUACCUUGGUCCCUUUUAGCCAUGCUGGGGCACAGGGCACCAUGGCACCAUGUCCCAAGGCUACACAGAGCAGUGGGUCCCUGGGCCUGGCCCACAAAACCAUUUUUCCCUCCUAAACCUCCAGGCCUGUGAUGGGAGGGGCUGUGCAAGAUCUUUGAAAUGCCCCUGAGGUAUUUUCUCCGUUGUCUUGGCUACUAACAUUUGGGGUCCUCUUUACUUAACAAAUGUCUUCAGCCCUCUUUAAUUCCUUCCCAGAAAAGGGGUUUUUCUUUUCUACCACAAUGCUGGGCUGCAAAUUUUCCAAACUUUUGCUUCCCUUUUAAAUGUAAGUUCCCGUUUCAGGUCACUGUUUUCUUCAUGCAUAGACUUUUAGAAGUGGCCAGGCCACCUCUUGAACAUUUUGGUGCUUAGAAGUGUCUUCCAUCAGGUGCCCUAAAUUCAUCUCUCUCAAGUUCAAAGUUCACAGAUCUCUAGAGCAUGGGCACAGUGCUGCCAGUCUCUGCUACAGUACAGCAAGAGUGACCUUUGCUUCAGUUCCCAGUGAGUUCCUCAUCUCCAAGACCACCUCAGCCUGGACUUCACUGUCCAUAUUACUGUCAGCAUUUGAAUUACAGCCAUUCUGCAAGUCUCUAGGACGUUCCAAACUUGCCGUCACCUUCCUGUCCUCAAGCUCUCCAAACUGUUCCAACCUUUGCCUGUUACCCAGUUCCAAAGCUGCUUCAGCGUUUUCAGGUAUCUUCAUAGCAAUGCCCCACAUUUCAUUACAAGUUUUUUGUAUUAGUCUGUACUUGCACUGCUAUAAAGAACUACCCGAGACUGGAUGAUUUAUGAAGAAAAGCAGUACAAUUGAUUUUUCUCCUGAAAAGCAGUUCCACUGGCUACACAGGAGGCAUGGCUGGGGAAGCCUCAGGAAACUUGCAGUCAUGGUGGAAGGCGGAGAAGCAGGAUAGAGAGGGAGAGAGAAGGGGAUGCUGCCACGUACUUUUAAACACCAGAUCUCAUGAAAACAGCAAGGAGGAAAUUCAGCCUCUCACCAGGCUCCUACCCCAACAUGGGGAAAUUAGACAUGAGACUUGGGUGGGGACCCUGAGCCAGACCAUAUUGCAUCGAUUGCUUUUCUUUAGGUCUGUUAUCCUUGGGUUUGUUUAGCUUCGCAGGCCAAAUGCUGUCCUGAGUGAGAGGUUCCACACGGAUGGGGGGGUGCCACCCUCCUGUGACCACAGCCUGCGCUCCUGCCCUCUGGGUGGGCCAGCGGAGUUAUAGCCUGGACCAAAUGCAGACAUUCCGGCUACGGUUUCUUCCACAUCACCAGCGCACCUGUUCUCUGGGACUCUGGUUCCAUGUGUGGCCCCUGCCCGCGUCCUGGACCGAGGCUGUGUCUGUCGCCCGUGCCCUCUCGUGGGUGAUCUGUGGCCGGCCUGCUCCAUGGGGCUUUUGCUGCAGAUGCUUGUUUCUGUUCAUCUCGAAACUCCGCUGGCUUCCCGCAUUGUCUUCCCUUCCUGCCUCACAGUCAGUGUCCUCCACCUCUCGAAACGUGGAGCACGCCUGUAGUACCGUUCUCACCCUGUCUUCUGAUUCUCUCCUGGUUUGGGGCUGUGUCUUCCUGCCCCUUUGUGUGUGUGUGGAUUGUGUACUGGAUGCCAGGUGGAGUUUGUAGUUGACGCGGUGGGGUGGUGGGUCUGCUUACACACCUUUGAGACCUGGUGGCCUUUGUUCUGAGUCUGAGAAGUGGCUCAGACUCUGUGGGACCUUCCCCAGGCAUUGUCAGGAUAAGCCCAGAGCCUCCCCAGCAGAGGGUAAAGCCAGGCCCCUGUCAGGCUGCACCUGGUCCACUGUGACUGUGGCCUGCAGCCUGCUCCACGGUGAGCUGGGUGGGUCCCAGGCUUGACUGGAUGGCCUGGCUGGUGGGGCUUGGGUCACCAGAGACCUGUGUGCAGGCUCUUGGCAUGUCCAGCGCACAGUCCAGGAGGGGGCCGGGAGCUCUCUAGGGAGCCCGUCCUUUCUGCCUCUCAGCUGGAUGUGCUGGGUCCACUGUGACUGUGGCCUGCAGCCUGCUCCACGGUGAGCUGGGUGGGUGCCAGUGUCUGCAGGCCUCUUGCACCCUCCAUCCAGCUGUCCGGCCUCCGUAUGUUGAGGACAGGCCCAUCCUGGGUUGUGGCUGGAGCCCUCCACGGAGUCUGUGUGUGGCAUGACUUUGUGCGGUGCUGGGUCUUGGCAGACGCGUUGCUUAGCAGAGGACCCUGGGUGUCUGCCUUCCCUUCCGCUCACUGACGAGGGUAAUGUCCGUCCUCUAGGCUUGUCCACUGGUCUGCUGUGAGCUCGUCCCACUCCACUUCCAGAGCAAUCACUGUCCUGAGUGGAGAGGUCAGAUCGGGACAGCCAGUGUGCUCCUGAGCUCAGCCGACGUGGUUGUUUCUG